AUGGAAGAGCAAGCCCCGAGCCCUCCGAUCGACCCAACACAGAGCCCCCAGUACAAAGCGAUGUCAAAGCGGGUGAACCGAAAGAUGGACAUUGCCCUCUUACCCUUCCUCUCUCUCCUAUACCUUUUCAACGGUUUGGAUCGAUCCAAUGUCGGCAAUGCGGAAACACAAGGCUUUACGAGGGAUAUUGGCGCUUCUCCAGAUGAUCUCAAUCUAGCCGUCUCCUUAUUCUUCAUUACCUUCGUGCUCCUCCAACCUCCGUCCGCUGCCGUGGGAAGAUGGGUCGGAGCCAAACACUGGAUUACAAUCAUAAUGCUUGGUUGGGGCGUCUUCACAGUUGCACACGCUUUCAUCCGGGGAAGGAAUGCGCUCAUCGCCAUGAGACUCAUGAUCGGAGCGUUCGAAGCAGGCUUCUACCCGACUGCCGUAGCGUACCUUUCGUUCUUCUACUGCCGCUACGACAUGGCAGUCCGAGUUGGCCUCUUCUACGGCCAGUAUGCCAUUGCAGGCGCCUUUUCCGGAUCAAUAGCGUACGGCGUUUUCCACCUCAAAGGCACUCGCUUGCACAAUUGGCAGUACCUCUUCAUCAUCGAAGGCACGCUGACUAUCCUCAUUGCCGUGGUUGCGUGGUUCUGGCUUCCGCGUAGUCCUGGAUCCGCGUGGUUUCUCAAUGCAGAAGAGCAGAAGUUCGCUGCUGAGCGCAUCCUCAAGGACAAUGCCCAGUAUGUGGCACAUGAGUACGGUAGUGAUGGUGGGGAGAGGCAACGACUUACGAGACGCGAUAUCGUAGAGACGGGGAAAGACUGGAAACUAUGGUAUGUGCUGGUAUUCAACAUCUGUGCCAGCGUACCCAGUCAGGCUUUCUCCGUUUUCUUGCCCUUGGUCGUUCAGGGGCUGGGAUACUCGUCCAUCCGGGCGAAUUUGAUGUCGGUGCCACCAUACGUUUGUGGCGCUACUGGCUUGUAUCUGUUUGCCCUCAGCUCAGACUAUCACAAAGAGCGAGGCUACCACAUAGUUGGCGGCAUCUUCAUUGCCCUUGUCGGACUUAUCAUCACGGUGACCGUCCAUUCAAGCGGUGCCAAGUACGCAGGCCUCUGCAUCCUGCUCCUGGGCAGCUACAUCUCCCCACCACUGACUGUAGUCUGGCUAAGUGGCAACACACCUGAACCCGGAAAACGCUCCCUCGUCCUCGGCGUAAACGGCUUCGGCAACCUCGCAGGCGUAAUCGGCAGCCAACUCUACAAGCGGCGCUACGCACCCCACUAUCUCUUCCCUUCAUACGUUACGAUCGGCUUCAUAACUGUAGCGUUGGUCGGAUACACAGCAUACAAAUUCUCGCUGCAGGCUGUGAAUAGUAGAAAAGCGGAGAUCAUGGCUAGCAAGACGGCCGAGGAAAUUGAGGAGGAAAGGGUGGACGAGGCGAGGUAUGCGGAUAAGAAGUGGACGUUUAUUUAUGGGCUGUGA